UCGGCGAUACGGUAAAAAAGCAUUCCCUUACUUUGCUACGAACGACACGUUGCCAAGGGCACAACUCGCGCUUCUUCUUCUUCUUCCUCUUCGUCUUCUGGCUUGCUUGAUACGACGGCGAUGAGGUCCGCCUUCUCCGCCGCGCUUCUACUACCGCUGCUGCUUCUAGUGCCGGUUUGGUUGGGCGCGACGCCGUCUAGCGGCUCGCUGCUGCCGUGGCUGGACCGGGCGGGGAGCCCGCUGUCGGACCGGGUCCCCGACCCGUUCCGCAUCCUGGAGCACAUCCCCUUCGGCCUCGACCGCGACGACAUGGCGGUCGUCACCCACGCCAGGGUCGAUUGGAAGGAGACACCCACCCACCAUCACAUCAUGAUCGACGUCCCCGGAUUGAAGAAGGAGGAGCUGAAGAUAGAGGUGGAGGAGAACAGGAUCCUGCGGGUGAGCGGCGAGCGGCGGAGGGAGGAGGAGAAGAAAGACGAGCACUGGCACCGGGUGGAGCGCUCCUACGGCAAGUUCUGGCGCCAGUUCCGGUUGCCGGACAACGCCGAUCUCGACUCCGUGAGCGCCAAGCUGGAGGACGGUGUGCUGACGGUGGCGCUUCCGAAGCUGGCGCCGGAAAAGAUCAGGGGCCCCCGGGUGGUGAGCAUCGCUGGCGGAGACGACGCAGGAGACAAGGAGAAGGUUCAAGGGAGCAGCAGCGAGGCCAAGAAGGUGGAUCUCUGAAGGACCGUUGUGCUGUGUGCGUCUCCUGUCCGCUUACAUCUACCCAUCCAUGUCGAGUCGAGAGCUAUCAAAUAAUGCCAACAUAAAUAAGCGUGUAAUGAUAUGUGCGACUUCUUAAGCUUGGUCUUCAUGCAA